UAUAAAGAAAGAUUUUGGACCUGAGAGAAGGAUGCCGAAAGUCCCAUCUGGAUCCCCGACAGACUCAUCAGACACUGUUCAGCGCCACAGGACCCGUCGCCAGCACUUGAGAACGGCCAGGAUGCUGAGAAACUUCAGGCGCCUUCGGAUCACGGACGCCCCAACGACCGGAAAUCUCCCGACCUGGGGUCAGCUCAAAAACCUGACACGGGCCGCUGAAACUCUUGUUCGCACUCAAGGACAGCCAUUCACUUUGUCAUCCUUAUUUUUGGCCCUUGUAGCUGUACUUACCAUUCAUUCUGCUCCUGUCAAUGCAGAAGAUUAUUGGGCUUACUUUCCUGAGCCACCUGUUUUACAUCCUGUGGGUUGGGGAGAGCAAACCGCUCUUAAGGUUUAUGUUAAUAAUACUGCUGUUCUUGGAGGCAUGUCAGACUUUCAUUCUUCUCAAGUUAUAUCUGAACCGUUCGACCUACGCUCUUCGCUCUUGUGUUGGAUACCCUUAUGCAUUGCUUUUUGGAUCUACUAAAACAAUGAAUAUUUCCCGCCACGGGAAUUCUGAUUCUGUUUUUUGUUCUCAAUGUAUUUUAUCUAAUUGUUUGACUCCUAACAUUGUUUAUAAUUAUUCUGCCAUGGUUGUACUAAAAAGACCUUCAUAUGUUAUGUUACCUGUUGAUUUGAAGGACACCCCAUGGUUUGACAAUUCUGCCUUACAGAUUAUUCAGGAAGUCAGUGCCUUAAUUCGUCCUAAACGUUUUGUUGCUUCGCUUAUUUUAGGUAUUUUGGCUUUAAUUGCGAUUGUGACUUCUCUCACUGUAUCCUCAGUAGCCCUAGUUCAGGAAGUUCAUACGGCUCAUCAUGUUAAUGAUCUUACUAGAAAUGUGUCCCUGGCUUUAGCCACACAACGGGAUAUUGAUCAGAAAAUAGAACAAAAGUUAAAUGCCUUGGAAGAAACGGUCUUGGCUCUUGGUGAAGAGGUUCAACUUAUUAAGAGACAAAUGUCCACUCGUUGCCAUGUUCAAUUUCGGUUUAUUUGUGUGACCCCUAAGGUUUACAAUUCUUCUCUUAAUUGGAAUCUUACCAAAAAUCAUUUAUUGAGCAUUUGGCAGGACAAUGCUCUUUCUCAUGACAUUUCCACUCUGCAAUCUGAGAUUUCUGCCAUCAGUCAUUCUCAGCUCUCUGAGCCGUCUAUUUCUACCUUUGCUCAAUCGUUUGCCAAUUCUCUUCAAGCUCUCACUCCGUCUCAUUGGCUUCACUUCCUGAUCUCUUUUGGCAUUCUUGCUCUAAUGGUUUUCAUUCUUUGUGCAUUAUUUCCCAUUUUUUCUCGCCUUUCGGUGAAGACUGUGUUUGGAUUGAAACGUGACAUCCAUGCCAUGAAGCUUAAACUUAAAAAUAAAGGGGGAGGGCCUCCCCGAAAUCUCUGGCAGGCAAAUGCCUGCAAGCUCGAUCUAGGCAUCGAGGCCGCAGUAAAAACCCCUCCUUUGCUUGAGAACAUGGCUGCUGCGGAGCUCGUCAAGAAACAAGCCUGA